CAAUUCACGUCGUGUGACACUAUCCCAAGAGUUAGUGUAGAAGGGACAACUCCAUCAAGAUGGGUGUACUCAAGAGCGGGUUUCUGUUCCUCGUUUUCACAGUUUCUCUAUACCCUGUUCUCGUACUUCUUUUGACGAAUCCUUGGUUGCAACGACACGCCUUAUACGCCCACAAAAUACACUCCGGCUUCUGGCAUGAUGUCAACAAGCCCGAAUCGUUUGGCUUUGCUGCUCACCAAGUAACGCCCUUCAACGUCAGCACCCCAGACAAUGAAGUCUUGUACGCAUGGCACAUCCUCCCUUUAGCGACUGUCGCCAGAAACAGAGAUACCUUGGCUGCAGCUGAUCCGCUUGAUCAAACUCUGCCUCUCCAGCUUCUCAAAUCAGAUCCUGAAGCCAGAGUUGUCAUAAAUUUCCACGGUAACGCAGGCCACGUAGCCCAAGGAUGGCGUACGGACACUUACCGUGCCCUCUCGAACCAACCCCAUACCCACAUCUUCACCGUCGACUACCGUGGUUUCGGUCGUAGCACUGGCUCUCCUACAGAAGGAGGUCUCAUCACCGACGGUCGUGCCCUUGUCAACUACGUCCUCUCCCUUGGCAUUCCGCCAUCUCGAAUCGUAAUCCUCGGACAAAGUCUCGGAACAGCCGUCGCGUCCGCCGUAGGAUUGUCCUUCGCAGACCCCACUUCGGAACUUCUGCCCCAACCUAUCGUGGGCGCAAUUGCAGAGAAGGCAGUUUUCAGAAGCAUAAUCCUAGUCGCACCUUUCAGCUCUCUGCCGGACCUUCUCCUCAGCUACCGUAUCGGAGGAUUAAUCCCAGUUCUGGCACCUCUCCGCAGCUCGAGGUUCCUCGUCAGCAUGAUUUCGAAAUACAUUCUUGACACCUGGCCUUCAGGUCUCCGCCUCAACGCGUAUGUUUCUGCGGCUGCUUCUGUUGGUUCCAAGAACAAUGGAGCGGGUAAUGUGCACAUCUUGCACGCUCGUGACGACCAGGAUAUUGCGUUUGCGCAGACGGAGAAAUUGUUUGCUACGGCGACCGGGAGAGAAGUCGAAGUAUUGCCACUGGGUACAAGAGACGCCGCUGCAAAGGGCAAGGUGGGUGUCCGUGUCGAGAUGCUACAAUAUGGCAUGCACAAUCGCGUUGUUACCUAUGCUCCCGUUGGAUUAGCUGUGAUGAGGGCAUUUGAAGGUAUAUAAACAACCUAGAACAUUUGAUCGCUGUCGUUAUCGUCGGCGGCAUCUCUGAUCUAGGCUUCAGUCACUCUUGUUAGUCUCCAUCGCAUACCGACUGCAUAUCUUAUGGUCACAAAUUUCGUGUACAGAACAGUCUAUAACCUCUUUAGUAAUUAGUAUGAGUAUUCUGUUUCGAAGCACCCCGAAUGACGAG